AGCUCGGCGCAUCCCCUCUACUGGACGAAGUGCGACCAUUUUGCAGGGGGGAGAGGCGAGUGGUGGCGAUUGACGGCGCACAGGAGCCAGAUCUGGGGUGCGGGGCGGCGGCCUGAGUCGCUGGACCCGGGGACUGACGGCCCCCGGGAGGGCGAGCGAGAACGGCGCCGACCGGGCUCGGUUCUUUCGUCUCCUUAGGCACCCGUGCCCGCCUCAGGGCCUCCGUUUAAACCGCCGAGAUGUCUAGGCCCGUCAGGAACAGAAAAGUGGUGGACUACUCACAGUUUCAGGAGUCAGAUGAUGCAGAUGAAGAAUAUGGCAGAGAUUCAGCCCCUCCAGCCAAGAAAAUUCGUUCAUCACCAAGGGAAGCAAAAAAUAAGAGGCGGUCUGGAAAGAAUUCUCAAGAGGAUAGUGAAGACUCAGAAAAAGAUAUGAAGACAAAGAGAGAUGAUUCUCACUCAGCGGAUGAAGAUUUUGGCAGUGAGGAUGACUUAGGAGCAGAUGAUGGCAAAGCUGAUAGUGACUAUGAGAGUUCUCAAAAGAACAAAAAAGGGAAAAAAGUGAAACCUGACAAGAACAAAAGAGCAACUUCCAAAUCCAGGAAAAGGGCUGCAGAGGACAGUGAGGAUGAGAAAGAAGAUCAGAAAAAUGUGCGCCAGCAGCGACAGGCAGCAUCCAAAGCUGCUUCCAAGCAGCGAGAAAUGCUCAUGGAUGAUGUGGGCAGUGAGGAGGAAGACCAGGAAGAGGAGGAGGCAUCGUUUCAGGAAAAAGAGUCUGGCAGCGAUGAAGACUUCCUUGUGGAAGAUGAUGAUGAUAGUGACUAUGGCAGUUCAAAAAAGAAGAACAAAAAAGUGGCUAAGAAAUCCAAACCAGAAAGGAAAGAAAAGAAAAUGCCUAAACCAAGGCUAAAGGCUACAGUUACACCUAGUCCAGUGAAGGGCAAAGGGAAGGGAGGCCGUCCCACAGCUUCAAAGACAUCAAAAGAAAAGACCCCAUCCCCAAAAGAUGAUGACGAAGAGCCUGAAAGUCCUCCAGGAAAGAAGAAAUCAGUUAGUCCUCCUCCAGACAAAUCUGGGGAUGAAGGGUCUGAAGAUGAAGUCCCCUCUGGUGAAGAUUAAAUGGUGGUGUGGGAGAGAAACUUUUUUUGAGAGAGCGAGAGAGUAAGGAAAAGAGAAUAUACUUAGGGGGUAGAACAUGGUUUUGUUUGUGGCUUGACUCAUGGGCUGUGAAUGCCACCUUUACUUUAGCUGUUUUAAUAGUACAGUACUUUCUUCUUUUUUUAAGAGAACCUUUACACAAUAAUGAUUUGACGUCACAGUCUCUACUGGCCAUUCCGUUCUCCCCAACCAAAUUUGAAAGCCAUUUAGAUUUAAAUUAACAGCAUACUAAAGAUAUAUUUUUGAAGGCUUACUGCAGUUGUAAAGCAAUAAGGAUGAGGCUGAUACUUGGAAAUCAUAGUUAACUAAUGGUAUAGGUUUUCCAAAGCUGCAGAAAUUCUUCUAAGGCAACUGUUGCUUAAUUGAAUCCAAAACAAAUAUAUUAUUGCACAUUGCAUUUCCUUUGACAUAAUUAGUAUAUGAAUUAGUUUGAAAUCCAUCAUGGGUUUUAAGUUCCAAUACUCUGAAUGUUUGGGGUUCCACAGUCUUGUUUUAAUGACCAUUUGGUCUGUUCUAUUUUUCAGUCUUCUGAAAGACCCUACCUGUUCAUGCCGUAGAUACUAUUGCUGCUUAUUGAUAAGGAUAGGAUUCCAGUUGGCAGAACUGCAUUCAUUUUUUUCCUGACUCUCAUUCGUUUUGAAAUGUCCAUCUUUUUAUGCUGCUUUGAAGCUUUGCGUAAAAUUUAAAGCUUGGUUUCAGGGAGAUUUUUGGAAGCUGGAACAACUGUUUUGAAAAGUUGGGAUGGGAGGCUGAGAGAGGUAUUCUUUAGAAACGUGGAAGUGACUUUAUAUAUUGGCACAGUGUCUUUUUCAAUCCAAGAGUCAUGGCUUAAGUACUCCUUUCCCUGAGAUCCUCAAAAGUCAGACUACACAGCUUCCACCAACAAGGGGUUUAAUUUAUCCUGAUCCAUCAUUUCCUUGCUUAGUUUAGUUUCCCCUGCUUUCUGCUUUCUCCAUUGCUAGAUCUUACUUAUUCUCUAGUUAGCAGAGGCUAUAUACCUAGGAUAAGUGAGGAACAGAGUGUGAACUGGAAGACAUGAUGUAGCAGAAAUAGUGCAUCUCAAAAUCAGGAUAUCUUUCCAGUGCGCAAAACAAGUUUUCACUGAUGUAUCAGUAUUGCCAAUUUAGACACAAGACAGACUCUGCUUUUCAGUCCCAGGUAAAGGAACUGCAGUAUUAAGUGUGAGUUGGAGUGCCAUCUGCUUUACAUCUUUCAUUUUGUACAGUUGCAAUAACACUUUCAACCAUAAUCUCUUUGCAAAUUGAUUUUGAGUAUCAGUGUUCUGAAGCCAGGUCCUUUGUCAUCUGUGCUAAGAUGGUUAAAAGUGUAGAGAAUGUUAUUCACAAGCAUCCUCUUCAAGGACAAGGUCUGCUUGGCUAGUAUUGUAAGGCCAUGCAAAGAAUAUAAAAGCAGUGAAAUACCAUGUAGGUUCUUUCUCUCACACAUGCAUACACACACAUGGCAUAGGUAUGUGCUUUUCAACCUUGGCUUAUUCAGACUUUUGCUAUUUAUAAUAGCUCUACUUGUGUCUACAUGACUUCCACUUUACAUCUGCUUUGGGGUUUAGUGAAAGAACACAAAUUUCUCCUGGGUUGGAGUAACAGUUUUGAUGUUAGCAUAUGUGUUUUUGAACAAUAAUUAGAGAGCAAAAAUAUCUUGAGAUCCUCCGUGGACAGAAGCCAGUCCAGCUUGACUCACAUUUGCCAAUUUAGCCAAAGCUUAAUUGGCUGUGUGAUCUGGGUACUACGGGCAUGAAGACUGUAUUGCUUCUUUCAGAGUGUUGAGUUCAAAGUGGGAAACUUAUCCUAUACUGCAAAUGAAGCACUUGGUGACCUAGUCUAUUUGGCUGCUCCAAAUGUACACGUUUUUGAGAGCUUAGCUCUAGCCAUUAUGAUCAGCCAACUGCUUAUUGCUGUCUGAAUAUGUUUCUGCUGCUGAUUCACUUAUUUUGAAAAAUGUGUGUCUUUUUUUUCUUGGCAUCCUUUAACGCAUUCAACAGUGUAUAGGAUGCAUAAGAAAGUCAUCAAGACUCCUGUUUUUUUCUUUUUCGUUUAUUUGAACCCAUUACCCCCUUGAAUUUUUAAAAACAGUUCUGUGUAUCAGAUAUUGUGCAUGAUGGAGAGCAGGCUAUUUUAUGUUGAAUCUGUGAAAACCCAAACUAUAUGCUAUGAUUUUACUGGGUUCUGCAUAUGUCUCCCUGGAAGCAAAUAUUUAGAAUAUUGUGAGUGAAAACAUUUAACUGCUUUCUCUCACCAUUCUUUAUAGUCCAGAGAUGGAAGGAAAGUGUUUCCCUCCUGCAGUCCGUGUAACACUAGCAAAAUAAUGUCAAUAUUUUAAACUUGUAAUUCUAGUUUGCAAAAUCAGUUUUCUCUGCCUCUGUGUAUAUGGCUUCUGAGUGCAGUAUUCUAGGGAUGUGAUAGCCGUAUCAGUUCACUAGUUUGUCCCUUGGAACAAGUAUUGCCAGAGAAACAAAUCGGUAUACUUCAGUGUGUGUUACUGUACAUCGAUUGCUUCCUGGGAGUGGCAGGUUAUUUAAUAAGAUUUACUACAAAUUUGCUGAAAAACCAAAAGCAAAUAUUUUCAGUGUAUCGUAAGUUUUAGCUUUGCAAGAAACUGUGAAAGGAGUAAGGGUAUAAACAGAAUUUUAGUAGGGGUUUGAAAGGGUUUUUGCAGCUUACCUUGGGGACUUGACGAGAUAGUGGUUGCCAUGGUGCUGAAGAAACAGCCUGCACACCUUAAAGGUGAAUAUCCAAGUAUACUCUAGGAUGGCUUUUACUUUUCAAUCUAAUGUUUUAGGGCGAAUCAAUAAAACUUAAAUCAAGGGGCUUAGUGCUCAGUUUAAUCUAACGUACGAAUCGUGUAUAAAUAUAUUGGGAGAGAUGGGGAAAUGUAUAUACAUUCAGGUGGUCUGUAAACCCUUCUGGAAUUGUUAGUAGGGAAGAUGUGAUGCAGAUACUGAAUAUACUCAAUUGUGAUAUGCCUGCACCAAGUACGGAAAUGUUUAAUUAUGUGGAUUGAAAAUACUUUUUAAAACUUAAUUUUAAAGCAUGAGUCCCAAGUACAACAAACAGCUAAACUAAGGAGUGGAGGUGGGGCAGGACAAGAGCUAUAACAUGCUAGAAGCUUAUGAGCUGUAGAAAUUGGUGCUUUUGCUUUAUGUAAUUUUUCUGUGGAGUGUUUAUUUUUUUAAAACAAAUCAUAAUGUUGGCACAUUGUUUUAUAAAAUAAAAGGAAAUUGAUUCCUAUGAUUUUAGCUAUUUGGAAAAUCCUAUGAUUUUAGCUAUUUGGAAAGUUACAUUAGUGCUUCGUGGAGGAAUUUGACUGUUUCCCCCCUUCCCUCCAAAUAUUCAUUGAAUAGGCUCUGUGUGGGGCUUGGGUCCACCUGUUACUGAAACCCAACAACCCUUCCCUCUUCUCUUCCCCCUCCUCUUCGGGUUGCAUUUGGAACAAACAACUUGUGGAAUCUUGGGCCCAAAUGGAAACUGGAUAGCAAAUCUCCUCUUGGGCAUGGGGUAUACUUGUAAUAAUUUAAGGACCCAUAAUUCACUAAGCUGACAGUUGCCAUUGGUAUUCCUCCUUUCCCCCCAUUCUCAUUUCAGUUUGCUUCACUGGGUAGCUCACACUUGGUUUUUCUUCAUGAAACUUUUCUAUCCCUUGAAGCAGAGGUUUUGCCUUUCAAGUCUAUUAAAGCAUUCACUGUAUGCUGUGUUGACCACUGUUGAGAGUACCUGUUGCCCCACCUGCCCCUGUACAAAACUGUAGAAAAUGGAAUGGUUCCAUCAGUUUGAGCAUGCUUGGUGUGACUGCAAGAUACCAUUGUGCAUAUGCUUUGUAUAUCUGGGGAGGGAUUUUUUAUAGGGGUUUGGGGCAAAACAAUACGCAAACUUGCUUUAAGCCACAAUAACAUGAAAACCCCUUCAAGUAUCUUGUGUGAAUGGGAGUGGGUGUGCGUGUAAGCGUGCAUGUGUGGGUGUCCGUCUGACAACUUAAUGUGUGUUAGAAAUUUGUGAACUUUACUUUUCCCGCAGAAACAGUUACUACAAAAGUUGUAUAUAAGAGAAUUACAUAAUUUGUUUACCAGGAACAUGUCACAGUAAAACCCUGAACUAUUCUCAAAUGUAAAGAGGUAAAAAGAAAGACUCCAAGUGGGGCAACUGCCCUUGGCAUCAGCUACAGGUUGAUGAAAUGGAAUGCAGUGGAUAUUUGUCUUGGGUGUUCACUACCCUGUUGAGUUCUUGGUCUCCCCUGGAUUUUUUUCAUGGCCUUGAAAGACAGGCUGCUGACUCAAAUAUGGCACUUCAACUGGUCAGUUAUCUGAAGGAAUAUUGCUAGACAGGAUGCCACAGUCACCAGUCCUAUUAAUAGCCAAUAGGGUUGUCAUUCCCUUGACAAUGAAAUCUGCAGCAUGGUACUAGAAGUUCAGUUUGAAUGUAACAUUAAUGCUUUAUUUAAAAAAUGCAUUUUUUUAAAGAAAGGGGGGGUUGAAGUGAACAUGACGUUGUUGACCAUGUUCGUGAAUUAUAGAUGCAACAUGCAUUGGUAGAAUUGUGUGAUGGUCUUUUGUGCUACUUAAUUUUACAUAUUCCAGUCUCUGUAUGUACUUGCAAUUAAAAAAAAAUUAACAAACCUUGCUUUGCUUUUUAUUGAAGGGUUCCCAGGACUGCAUAUCUGCUCCUGAGCUCUGUUUUAAGUAUGUGUAUCCUUGGCUUGUAUUUUGUAUUAAAAGAGAACAUGGAAAAGAACCCUUUAUUGUUCAGCAUGUUGGAUUUGUGUCCCCCUCAUUUUUUUCUCUUUUUUUGGGAAUAUAUUAAGCAACUUAUUCUUCUGUAUCUUAUUUUCUUUUGUAAACUUCUUGGUUUUGUUUAAAAAUGGCUUUAUAAAAGGGCUUUUAUAACCCAUAAA